AUGGAGGGCUUCGACACCAUGGCGAUGCCCUACCUGGCUUCCCCUCUGUCUUUAGGGAAUAUCCAAGGCUCAGAUUACCUCAAUGCCUUGCCAGGCAUGGACCUUCCCGACCAGCGCUCCAACUUUGACUCCGAUACAUUCGUUAGCGGAGAUGAUCUGACGUUUACCCAUCAUACGUUACCCGCGGAAACCCUCAAGCGGUUCUCUUCCGGUUAUGAAGACCCGUUCCCGGAUAUGGUGUCUCCCUUUGAAGCCGCCCCUCCAGCUGAGCCGCCUGCCGACUCGUCCAUCGACCAUAACAAUAAGCUACUGAGUUUUUCCAUGCCGGUAUAUCCGUGGAAUCUACUAGACUAUUCUUUUCGGCGCACCUCAAUAUCGAUAUCAGCUCAGCUACACGGCAUGUUUUUUCUCGCCGAGUCACCGUGGACGACGUCUCCAACGGAGAAUGCUCCGCCUCAGCAGGGGGCGGAAUUGACCUGCUACCGGCGAAACCUAUUUCAAAUCACUGGCUCUGUGACCCUUCCUCGGGCCCUACGUUACCUCAUCACAGAGAACGGCGAUCGGAUACCCAUUGUCGCACAGGAACUGACAGUGUCCGCCACCGAGUCUGUCGAGGGCAACUCGGUCAAGAUAAUCUCUGUGCCAUGGAAGACCCCCGCUGUAAAUGACGCUGCCAAAGAUGCAAACAGCAGUAGCAAUACUGCCGCCAAGAUCGAGAAGGAACCCCCAGCUAUCCCACUAGACAUGUUGACUGGCCAGGAUCUUGAUGCCGAUUACGCCACUUUCCCAAUCGCUUGGAAGCGCCUUCAAUUCCGCGUCGCGACUGCCAACAACGGGCGCAGAAAGGAGCUUCAACAGCAUUUUGUCGUUCGACUCAGGGUUAUAGCAACCUUGUCCACGGGUAUGAAAGCUCCGAUUUGCGAGGUCCACUCGGGGCCGGUCAUCGUCCGCGGUCGCAGCCCCCGCAAUUUCCAGUCUAGGAAGGAUCUACCCUUGAGUGGUAGUGCCGCCGCUUCCAGGAAGAAUGCGCAAGCGGCUGCAGGUAGUCAAAACUCGAAUAGUCUGACCGACAGAGCGAAGGCCGCCGGGAAAAGCAGCUCCCCGGAGACUUCGGCGUCGCAGCCGAACGUGGCUCCUUCGCAACAGGCUUCCCCGGACUGGUCGCAGAUUACUCCUGCAGCAGGUGCCACAAUUCCUCCUACGACGCUGCCACACCCAUCAAUAUACUCGCAGUCCAGCCCAGAAUUCUCGCGACCAGUAGAGACGCAUCGACGGACGACCAGCGCCAUCGCGGCUCCUAUUAACUUAUCUCUUCUUGACGACGACCCUCUUAGUCUACUGAAUGGCGAAGGCCGUCCUCACACAUCAUUUGAGUCAAAGUCUCUGAGUAUAGAUUCAGGGAGACCAGCCAAGAUGCGCAAGGUCUCACACUCUAUACCUCAUACACAGUCGAGAAGCACGUCCGCCACAGUACCCAUGGUAAACACAACAAACUUUCAGCAGCACCUUGCCUCCGGCCUGCCUUUUGUGAGCGAAAGUGCCGAUGUCCUAUAUGAAUAUUUCCCCUUGGGCUUGGAGGACUGGCAAGGGCCUGUCGAUGCGGUGUAUCGCCCACACGUGGUACACCACACAACUAUGCCCCAAAUGAAGUACGUUACGGCACGAGGCCAGAGCAAACGAUAUUUUGCUGCAGAGGACGUUUUUUGA